AUGUCUUCAAACCCCGAGAAACCCCCCCUCUCGGGUCAGGUCCCCGACCAGAACCAGGAGCCUUACUACCCGACACCAGCGGCCUCUGGCCUUCCCCCCGCAGGCUUCGGACAGCCAACCCAGUCAUCUCAACAACCCCAGCAACCCCAGCAGUCUGACCUUCCUCCCGCCUACCCUUCCAACGAGCAGCACGCCGCGCCCACGGAGAAGGGCGCCGCCGUGCCCGCCUCUCAGACAACCCAGCAGAAUGCGCCCUACUUCCCUCCGCCGCCUCCCGGCCCUCCCCCCACACACACCGACACGGGCCUGACCGCCGCCUCGUCCAACCCUUCCCAGUUCUACAAGUCCUCCAACGACUACGAGGGCCCCGCGCCGCCGCUGCCUGGACCUCGUCCCUCUCAGCAGGGCGUUCACGACGAGAAGACUGUUCCCACCUAUAACUCCGCCCAGCCGCACUUUGCGCCGCCUCCGGGCCAAGCCGCCGCUGCCGCCACCGCGAGUGACCACCACCACCAACACCAGCAGCCACCUGCCUACGCCACCAACGCUCCAUCGUCCGCGGCCCCCGGUGCUGUUGCCGCUGAUGGCAAGAAGCCCCAUCGCAGCUGGGGCGACAGGCUUGCUCAGAUGGGCAGCAAGGCCGCCAUCCCCAUCAAUGCCCUCGCCAACAAGAUGGGCUCCCAGAGCUUCCUUCCCACCACCAUGGACCGCGAGUGUGAGAAGGCCGCUCAGAUCCUGAAGAGCUUCUGCAAGGAGGGCAUCACCUCCGACCACGUUGAGGAGAAGCCCUUGCACGAGGUGACAACCGUCGACCCCAAGAACAAGGAAAAGGAAAAGGCGCCUCGCAAGCGGACUGGCGCUAUCGUCAAGAUCCCUUCCAAAGUCAUCGCCAAGGCCCAGGGCCUCGCCAUCUUCACGACGGCGCGCGUGGGCUUCCAGUUCUCCGGCGCCACGGGCUCCGGCGUCCUCAUCGCCCGCCGCGCCGAUGGCUCGUGGUCGCCCCCCUCCGGUAUCCAGGUGCACGCCCUCGGCGCUGGCUUCAUGAUUGGCGUCGACAUUUACGACUGCGUAUGCGUCAUCAACACCCAGGAGGCCCUCAAGGCCUUCAUGAGCACCCGCGUCAGUCUCGGCCCCGACGUCGCCGUCACAGCCGGUCCCUACGGUGCAGGUGGUGUCCUCGACUUCGAAGCAGCAGGUCAAGCGUCGAGCAGAUCUUGCGCGGCGGACGUCCCCCCCACUGGCGCCUGGAUGGCCCGGCUCGCGUGCCCCUCUACGAUGCCCUGCGCGUUCGCCGAGACCCAACCAGCCCCUGCCCGAAGCGAACCUGCCGCCGCGCGGCACCCCGUGCCGGCCGAGCCUCAGGUCGCCCACGGCCCCAUCGCGACGGGCCAGACUCCCGUCGUUGGUCAGACGCAGGGUGUUGCCGGACAGCACGUGCACGAUCCUGCUACGCACGGAACAGGCAGCCAGUACGGCGGCCCGCCGCACAUGAGCGGCGCUGGAGGUGCAGCCGGCGCCGACGAGGCGUUACCGGGUUAUGUCGACGACGGGGUCAAGCGCCCGGGCGUAGGCGACCAGAAGUUCCAAUACCAGUAG